AUGAGGCCCUUCUUCUUCUUCCUCCUCCUCUCUCUCCUUUCGUUUACGUUCCAUCGCGUAACUGCUAAUAUCAUUUACGAGACUUGUAGAUCAGUAUCAAAAGACAAUCCAAACGUGAGCUAUAGUUUCUGCAAAACCUCCCUUCUAGCCAUUCCAGCCGCCCAGUGCAGUAACCUCCAGAAACUCGGGUUAGCAUUGAUCAACCUCAUUCAGAAAAGCGUAGUUGACACCAUGAGUGACAUCAGCAAGACGCUGAAGACGAAGAAGAAGAAGGAGCCUAAGAAGUUUUAUGAUGUUAAUCAAGUUACUAUUUCCAUUGGUAGGGCUGCUUCAAGCUGUGAAGAUGGGUUUAAAGAUGGAGGUGUGGCUUCUCCACUGCAGAAGAGGGAUGAUAGUACUAGUCAGUUGGCUGUUAUAGCACUGAAAAUUAUUGAUUUGUAUGCUAAAUCAAACUAA